CGCACCGCCGCCGGCCGCGCGCGCGCAUGCGCGCUGGGGUGAGCCCGGUGCGGAUGCGGCGACCGGGCGAGGCGCAGCGCCGCGGUCCCCGGCAGGUGCCGGAGAACGAGCCUGGGGCGGGAGACAUGGAGUCCGACGGAGACCUCCCGGCGGAUCGGCCCUCGGCCCCUCAGAGAGGGAUGGAGGAGCCUGAGAAGGAGGCAGAUGGUGAGGGAGGGAAUACUGCCUGGCAGCAGAGCCUGAAUCCCGAGCUGCAGCAGGGGUACCGCAUCCUGCGCGAGUUCCUGCUGGAGAAGUACCGGCCUCUGACGGCGCCGUUCCUGAAGCCCCUCGCGGAUCAGGCAUUUUUCGGGGAAGAAGGCUCUGGCUCCCUCUUGGGCCGUAAGAGCAGCCAGUCCUUGCAGCAGAUGCCCGCUGGAAUAUGGCUAUUGAAAAUGGAAGAGAAAUUUUCCAGUGGUCAGUACACAGGGAUAGCAGAUUUCGUGUGUGACUUCCGGCUCAUGCUCGAGACUUGCUAUCGGCUGCACGGUGUGGAUCACUGGCUCUCCAAACAGGCCCAGAAGCUGGAGAUGAUGCUGGAACAGAAGUUGGCGCUGCUAUCCCGACAUUUAAGAGAGAAAACAGCAUUAGCUGUAACAUCUAGAGGAUGCUAUGGGCAGGAGGAUGAAAAAACAACAGCAUGCAUUUCGACAAGACGUCGUUCCACGCCUCGCAGUUUAGUAGGUUUGUCAACAGGCGUGUUUGAGUCUGUGAUGGUUCAGGUUCUAAGACAAGAGGAGCAACUGAGAGCAAAAGAGGAAAAGAGACAGAGAGAUCAAGAAAGAAAAGAAGCAGAAGAAGCUAGUCAGAAAGAAAUAGAAGAGUGGGAAAAAUCACUUUUAGCUCAAGCAGCACCUACAAGGAUGGAGACAAUGUGGGAGAUUCCAGCUAUUGGUCAUUUUCUUUGCUUGGCCCAACAGAUUUUAAAUUUACCUGAAAUAGUAUUCUAUGAAUUGGAACGUUGUCUUCUGAUGCCUCAGUGUAAUGUUUUUUUAUCUAAAAUAAUGACUUCUUUGUUAAGUCCUCCUCAUCGCAGACCUACAUUACAUCGCAGGCCUACAUUUUCCUACAGGACUUGGGAAGCAGCACUCAGAAAGAAAGUGCAACACUGGUAUACUGUUGUGGGGCAGACUGACAAUCCUAAUGCUGCUGCAGAAAAACUUGGAUUGUGUCCCCAGUUUUUCAAAGUUCUCGGAGAAGUUAAUCCCUUGGAGGAAAAACCAUUUCAUGAGCUACCGUUCUAUCAAAAAGUAUGGCUGCUAAAAGGUCUCUGUGACUUCGUAUAUGAAACACAAAAGGAUGUUCAGGAUGCGGUGCUAGGUCAGCCUAUCCAUGAAUGCAGAGAAGUCAUUCUUGGUUAUGACUUAUUGGAAAAUGCGUACGUUCACUUUCCACAGUUCUGUGGUGCAGAUGUUCGAAUUUACAAACAAAAACCUUUUCAGGCUCCUGAAUUCCCAUCUCUUCCCAUCAAAGUUAAAAAAGUGCCACGUAUUAAAUUGGAAAGAGUAAAACAUGAAUAUGUAAGCAAAAGCAAUGGAGAGGUCAGUUCUGCUGGGAGAGAGCUGCUCUGUCAUUCCAAGACAGAAGGAGAGAAAAGUAUGGACGUUGUUAUCUGUCCAGAAAAAAAAACACGUUUAGGUGGCUUUAGAGUCACUACAGAGGAAAUAAAGGUUGACUGUGAAAUAAAAGCCUCAAGUGUUUGUGACAUCAAAAAAACUGGUUGUUAUAAAGAGAACUUCAGGAAUUUGAUUACUUCAGGAGAGAUUGUGGAUAUGGGUGGUCACCCUAGCUCGGAAGAAAUAACAGAUGUGGAGAAUGGACAAGGUUGCACUGAAAUGUCUGGAGUAAGACCUGAGCUGAAUCCAUUCAAGGGGAACACACUGAAAGCUUGCCAAAUGCAUGUCAACGGCACUUAUGAAAACCAAGGCAGAAAUUACCAUGAAUCUGCUGAAGAAAUGGUGCUAGAGACCUUACUGCAAAAUAAGAAGAAACUAAAUAAGAUGCUAGCAAAAAAGAAGAAAAAGAAAAAAAAGAAGUUGAAGGAUAUUCUAAAUGAAAAUCUACAGAGAAAACUUGAUGACUUGCAAAGAAAGCGUGAGAUUCAUUUUCAUCCAUUCAAAUCUUAUAAGUCUGAGAUCCAGAACAAGUUGUUUUUAAUUAAAAAGAAAGCAAAGCAUAAGAAGCACAAGUCUGGAAAAAAAUCGUUAUCUAGAAAAGCAAUCACAAAGAAGAGGAAAGGUAUCAGAAAGUCUACCAUACCAGAAUUUCAGCUUAUUUGCACUAAUCUUGAUGAACUCAGGGAAUUAAUCACAAAGAUUGAGAACGAACUCAAAGAUCUGGACGACAUUAAAAAGAAAUCGGGAAGAUGGUUCCACCGGAAGCAAGCAGUAAAGGAAUUGCAUGGUACGUUGUUACGACUGCUUAAUGAACUGUUACCAUGGGAACCAAAGCUAAUUAAAGCAUUUCAAAGAAACAGGUCUAGAUUGAAGAAGGACUAUGAUGACUUUAAAAGACAUCCAGACCAUGAUAAAUUUACCAGAGAAUUGUGGAGUAAUGAUGAAAGUGAAGUUGAUUCUGGCAAAGAAUCUUUUGCAGUAGUAUGCGGUAAAUCAUCAGAGUCUGCAGAACAUAUAGAAGUUCCCAAAAAAGAUCACUCAGACAAUGAUGAAAUGAAACUAUUAGACAUGAAUUUACCUGCAGGAAAAAACAGAAUUCUGAAAAAAGAAUCAGCUUCUAAAGAGAUACUGAAGACACUGCCUAAAUGCAUUAAACGACAGCUCAAGCAAAAUAGUUGUCUGGAUCAAAGCACUACUGAGAUUUCACCAAGGAAGAAAACUAAACUGAACACUAAUGAAGCUGUGGUCCAGAGUUCAGAAAGUAGCCUGCAGUUGGAUAGUUGCUUGACUGAGCUGAAACAAUUUGAAGGGUCAACUCUAGAGCUGCUUUCCUUGACAGAUCCUGCAACAUCAGUGUCAAACUUUCUGAAAGGGACCAAACCCAUACAAGCCUUGCUUGCCAAGAAUACUGGGAACAAAGUGACCUUAACAAAUCAAUUGUUGCCUCCUGCAAGCAUGAACGUAUCUACUUCUGAAAAGUCAGUUUUACCAGCUUUGGAAUCAUCACUGAUCAAACCAGCAUUGCCCUGCCAGGCCAUUUCAAAGACUCCUUUACAAAUGGUAUACAAAAUGCCAAAUGGCCACUGUGUACCAAUAGACGUUCCGAACAACUCAGUGAAAAUUCAAAUGCAAGCUAUGAUUGACCCUAAAAAUGGAGAAAAAGUCAUGCAACAAGUUCUUAUUUUACCUAAGAAUUUUCUUCUUCAGCAGAAGGAAGAAAAAAUUGUGUCCAAGGAUGUUCAGUCGCUACAACAAAAGUCAUUUGAGGUGCACUGUACAUCUUUACCAAAAAUGCCAAACGUCAGUGUUUCUUUAACACCUGUUCUGGUAACAAGCCCUGCAAAUGCCACUCAGUCACCCACUACAGUUUUUAGCAAGAAUACUACCCACUCAUCACAAGUGACUGGUCCCAUGAGCACUACACAACCAUUGUCUAGUGUAACUUCAGCAGAUAACUUAUCAAUAAUUAAGGUAAGCCAAAGUGACAGUGGCAAAUUCAAGACUACAGUUUCGGCUGCUACAUUGCCUGUGUCUUUGGCUUCACCUACUCUUUCCACAGCUAGCCAAUCCUUGACACCAGCAGCCGCAUUAAGUGCAUCUACAAACACUGAUUCUGCCUCUCACAGUCUGGCAUCACAGCAGCAAACUGACUCCCUUGAAACUAAGCAAGAGCUAAAGACAGUGUGUGUAAGAGAAUCACAAUCUAUCCUGGUCACAACACGAGGUGGAAACACUGGAAUUGUUAAAGUGCAAACAAACCCAGACCAGAUUUCACCUAGUAGUUUAUGUCCUAGUUCAGUUUUCACUUACGCGUCUCAACUUCAGGCCUUUCUUGUGCCAAAAACCACAGCAGUAUCAUGCUCUAGUCUUCCAUUUGUAGCAACAGCCACAUCUGGUCUCCCACAUAUUGGACAAUCAUCUCCUUCUGGAUUUGCUCCCUCAACAACUUCUUUUGUUAACAUUCCAGCUUCCCCUGCUGAUUUUACCCAGGCCAUGGAGAAAAAUACCAAAUUCACACUACAGCAGCCAGCUGUUUGGGACUCUUUGUGUCGAGUAAGAGAGGACUCCCACCACGUGUCUUCUUCUUUAUCCUCCAUUCCAUUAGCUAGCAAUUUGGUGUCAGCAGCUCCAAACAGCCUUGCUAGUGUGACUAGCACUGGACAAAGUAAUAUUGUCAAAACUCCAAAUUCUUCUGUGCAGCAUCAAGGGGACACUAAAGUGAAAACAAAAUCUGUUACACAAUCUGAGUCAAAUUCUGCAACAAAUGGAGAGUUAAUCAGUGGUACUGCAGUCCAGAAGUUUACAUUAAUCACAAAUCCACCAAUUUUAUCUCCGUCUGGGGCAUCAGGGGUCAAUAUUAAACCCUGUCCAGCAUCCACUGCUGUUAAUGCUCAGAAGCUGGUUUUCAUUAACGCACAAAUUGCCAAUGGCCCAUCAACCACCAAUCUAGUUGCAGAGUCGUUGAAACAGAAACUUCCUUCUUCCCUGACCAAAACCUUUAUUAAUGCCACAGAGCACCCACAGUUGGUUUUGAUCCCAUCUACAGUAGGAGCACCAAUAAGAAUAAACUCAUCACCAGCUAUUGCUCAAGUAAAAGAUGUGAAAAUUGGACUAAAUAUAGGUCAGACCAUUGUAAAUACUAAAGGCAGUGCACAGGAGGCUGUACCAGUUAAUAUAUUGCACUCUGGCAUUUCUAAAGGGGAAGACAAGAAGAGGACAGCCUCGGCCCUAUCCUUGACAAGUAGUACUAUGGUUCCUGUUCCAAGUUUUGCUGUGUCAGCUAAUGAAUCUGUAUGUGUUGCAACAAAAGCUGAAAAUGCCUUUACAAUGACAACAGCAAAUGCACAAGUAGAAUCUGUUUCAGUUACGUCAAGUGGAACUUCCUCUGGGGCACAGUCUACUGUCUUGAUUGGUGGCAAUGAUCCCUCAAGAAUAAGGCCAGUUCUGGAUAAUCGACUUUGCACAUCAAAUAUUGGAAAUACUGUGGGUAUAUCAACUGUGAAGACAGGACAUCUUGCUUCGUCUGUGCUGAUUUCAACACAACCAACAGUAUCUCCGCAAAACUUAGCACCUGCUCUGCAAUUUCCAGUCAUUAGUUUGCCUGGACCUGCAGCCACCCGCCACAAGGUGUUACAUACAGUUCCUCAGUUGGCAGCAGUUCCAGCUCCUCUUCCAGUACCAAAAAGACAGUUGCCCACACUGGUUCAGUUUCAGUCAUCAGGAAUUUCAGCUCCUGUGUCAAGUCAUGCAGGUAUUCACAAACCUCAGAGUGUGUUGCCCCCUCCAUCACCAAAUACAGGUGAAGUAAUUGGUUUUCCCAGUCUUUCCACCCUACAAUGCCAGCAGAUACCUCCCAGUACAGAGAAACAAAGUCAUGAUUAUGCUGGUGCUUCUGCUGCUCAGAUGUCUGAAGCUUCGCCCCCUGUAAUAAGCAAAACAGGAGGAAUUCCAUUGAAUGAACCUUCCACUCAACAGAAAAUAGUCAUUAACACUUGUAUGCCUUUGGCACCUGGAACUCAGAUAAUGAUUAAUGGUACUCGCUUUGUUGUUCCACUACAAGGCCUUGGAGCUGGCAGCCAUGUUCUUCUUCUCUCCUGUAAUACAAAACAGACUCCUUUAACAAUUAACCAUGGUCAAGAGCCUCAAGGUGUACCAGCUGUUAAUCCAAUAACCUCAAAAAUCAUCCUAGCACCAAGUCAUUCAUUAAGUUGGCAAAUCCCAAAACAUCCUUUGAAAAGCUCUACAAAAAUUGUGAACUCUUUUGGAGCUGCAGAUGCUUUACCCAUCGUACAUGCUACACCCCAGAUAUUUGGUACUCCAGCUAGCUCAUGUACUCCACUGUCUGCAGUAACUCUGUCUGUAUCUUCAGUGACAAAGUCUCCCAUUAAUGUAGCUGCAUCUGCUGUUUCUGCUCUUCAUCCUCCGAACUCUCAUUUACCAAGCAACACAUCAGUGUUUCAGCUAGAUGGUUCUAUCAAAAAACUGUUGGUCAGUCCAGAGGGAGCCAUACUGAAUGCUCUAAAUACUUCAGCACCAAAAGUUCCUUCCCUGUGUUCAUCACUGCUUCCUGUUGUUAGUUCCACAAGCAGAAAUGCUACUGCGGUCUUCCCUGCGUCUCAGUCAUCUUGCCUUGAUAAACCUGACAAAGCUGCACCCUGAAUUUACUGCAAAUGAGCCACUUUGAAAUUCUGGGGCAUUCUUCAGACUUUGGAAGUUGUUAACUAUUGAAAAAUUUCUUAUAAUGUUUUAAACAAUUGGUUUACUCAAUAUUAACAAGGUUGCAGUUCUUACCUGUUUACCUGUGGGGAUGUGGAGAAAGAAAAAUUUUAGUUUGUCAGAAGUUUUCAGAAAGUUCUCUAGUAAAAGGCUCAGAGAUGACCAAUUAAUUCAUUUAACAGUUUGGAGAAAUCUCACAAUUUGCACAUGUUCCAUCUUACACUAUGGACUGUUUGCCAGUGUGUUUAUGACAGUAUAUAUCUCCUUUUUAUUUGUUAAAUUUAUUUUUGACUUGUUUCUUUAAAAAAAAAUUAUGCAUUGUAAAAAUGCAAUCCACAGUAUAGAAUUGUACAUAUUCCUGAACUCCUGUACUAAAUAAUAUGUACAAAAAACUAUGCUGUCUUAUUUAUGUUUUGUUUACAUAAUGUAUAGUUUUUUAAGUAUUUUAGUAACUUUGGACCAGUGUACUGUUUAGCAACAAUGCAGAAGAAUCUGCAUGUAAUAAAUCAAGUUGCUAUACUGCUUUGUGUUGGCAGUAGUUAAAAAUAUGUGUAUCUGUUACACCAUGGGAGAAUACAUACAUACAUACAUAUAUCUCUUUUUUUUGGUGUAUGGUAGAAUGAAAUUAUUUAAUCUCUUCUGUUCUUCUCUGAUUUUACAUUUCACAUGAUUUGACAGGAUUUGGAAGGAUGGCCUCCUUAUUGUUCCUCAUGAUAUAGGGCAGGAUAACCCGUACUUCAUCCAUUCUUAAUGGUUUGGUUAUGUUGCCUAAAUAACUGGAGUGAAAUGGUAAGGCUACAAAUGGCUUCCUAUACACCAGUCUAAGUCACACUGAUUGCUCUUAAGGACUGCCGUGCUUUGUCUUAAAGCUCAAAGAUCUGUUGAACAAUUCAUUGUUCUCUGUUUUACAGCCUUGUGUGUAUUUCCACAUUAUCUGGUAACUGUAACAAGGUCACUCACUAAUCUUCCAUCUAGCCAUAACAACUACCUUUUUUUUCCACUGGUCAUGCUUUCUAGCUCUGCAUGUUUUCUUUAGCUUAUAAGUGGUCUGUCUGGAAGGGCAGUGCUAAAACAUCAUACAAGAUUAAAAGAAGCUUUAUUAGUGCUUUGAAUGGGGAUAAUUUACAUAUUGCAUAAACCUUCCCUUUUUAUACAGAGUAUUCAGUAUUUAUUGGCUUAGUUUCAGCAUUUGAUCUGAUAAAACCUUUGGGUUAUUUUCUGCAGAUCUGCUGAGUUCACAGCUGCCUGCUCAUGGAGAUAAGUUUUUUAUAUCUUUUGUGAUUUUACAUAUAGAGAAAGGGUGCCCAUCUUAUCUUAUGGAAGAUGGUGAUUUUAGAAUUGUUGUCUUCGUAUGUGUUGGAUUUUUUGUGGAGUUUGUUGGUUUGGGUUUUUUUAGAAACUAGAAGGGAGGAUUUCAGAAGAGCUUAUGAAUGAUAGUUGCCUUUUAAAUAGCUGUGACAAAGGGGAUAAAAGCUUACAUAUCUGUAUUUAGCCGUGUUUGUAGACUGAGUUUCAUAAAAAUGAAGCUUCAACCUUUGCUUUCAUCCUGUUGAAUUUUCUACUUCCCUUCCCCUUUUGCUGUACACAGUUUUGCAGUUAUGAUGUUGAGUUGAAGAACAGGACCACAUCUUACUGCCUCUGUCAGCUGCUGUUUAAAUUGUUCUGAAAAGUAACCUGAUAGCUAUUUAGCUGAAGUUCUGGGAAACUGGGGGGGAAGAAAGGCUUGUGCCUUCCAUAGGAACCUUUCCUUUUGCACUAAUUAACAGAAUUUCAGUGGGGAAUUGCAUCUUUCUGGAUCAGAAAUCUCCAUCUUAUCUCAGGACUGAGAAAGAUGGAAGCUGUCUGUUUUGGAAUGAAAGAAGGUUUGUUUAAAUUCAGAAAAACCUACCUGCUACAAUUUUCCUACUUCUCAUGGAAGGUGUUUUGUAAUUGAUUUUAAAGACACCUGGUACCAAGGGUGUCUGCAUGCCCUUGUAGAGUUUACAGUACUAAGGAUUUUUAAGUCUGACUGCAUUUUACAGUUGAAUGCUGCAGGUGACUUUUCCAACACAGGGAGAUGGCAGAGAAUGGCAGUUUCUUCAUGGACACUUUACCCAUAUGUACCAGCAACUCAUUUUAUUUCCAUUUCACUGGUUGAACCUUGGGACUUGCUUUUUUUAUUUUUCUCUUGCAAUGAUUGUUUUUUUCCUUUUUUCUAAUUUAUGUUUACUGUAGAGUGAGUUGCCUACAUUGUUUGGAAAGCUCAAGACUAGGUUCUAGUAUUGAAGUUGUUCUUGAUGGAGAAAAAGUUCUUGCAUGACAUUUUUCUGUGUGCUAAUGUAAUAGAAAGAUUUAUGCUAUAAUUCUAAUAAAGAGAAAAGUUAGAGAAGCUGAAUUUAGGAACUCAGGACUCAAGUAACUUGCUUGAAUGAUUUCCAAGAAAUUUUCUGAAUUAAUAUGGCAAUAUUUUAUGAUUUUCGUAAAUGUUUUAUAAUUUGGCAGACAUAAACUUUACAACAUGAGAAGUUUGGUUACUUUGAUUACAGUUUUCAUGGGUUUUUAUUCUCAGAUAUAUGUUCACAUUCCAAAUCCUACUGGAGAAAGACUUGAGACUGCUGUGUAAUGGGCUUGCAACAUUCGUUAUGUAAAACCAAAUUUUAGUAAUUUUUGUGAAUAAAAUUCCUAUUCUCAAUACUCUUUUCCGAUAGUAUGAAUGUCAGUCAGAGAUAAGGCUUUUUUUCACGUGAACCUAAAUAUCCGUUGACAAUUUGCUAUGUACCUUUUGCACUCCACCAAGUGAAUAGUGCCAGCAGUAGCCCAAAAAGAACUGUAAAAAAGUAGAUUAUAUUCACAGGCACAAUGAAAAAGCAGAACUGCCUGCAUCUCGACUUGAAAUUAAAAAGACAUUUAAUGAAACAUAUAAACAUAGGUGUAUAAAUCAACCUUUUAAGAAAACAUGUUCAACAUUUCAGAGCUUGUAAAAUGCCUUGCUUUUGGACGCCCUCUGAUAUUAUAUACAAUAUUCAAACACUAUAUUACAUGCAAAAUUCUAGAUUUACUAAUGACUUUGAAUAUUCUGAAUGACAUCCUUUUAUUUACCUAAAAGGACAUGUUCUGCACAAUAGUUUUGCUUUGCUAUGAGGAGAAAAUUGCAUUAAUUUUGUUUCAUGUUUCAAACCCCCAUGUGUGUGCUGCCAUUUUCUCAUAGGGAUUCUGCCACCCUAGAAGCAAUUGUAUUUGACAAGUCUUAGGGGUCAUAGAAGUACCUAUUCAAACCAAGUAUUUCUGCCAAGUCAUUCAAACCUGUGCUGAUUUCACUGUGUAAUGUGGCAAAGAAUUUAAUGUGAAAAGGGAAGCAAAAAUUCUCCUGGUAAGUGAGUGAAGAGAAACUAGUAUGUCUCAUGGGAUUAGGUCAGAAAACUACUAAAAGCUAGCAUUUGUAGGGCAUCCAUAGCUGCCCAGUGUGUGUGGUUCAUAGUUGGUUUUGCUUAUACUUUGUUGUAGUGCAGAACUUUAGUAUCUCAAAUUAAUUUUAAAGUAAAUUAAUAAUUUUUAUUAAGCAUGAAUGUUUGUUAUGUUAGGAGCGUUUCCUUUGAAUAGAAUGGCCAGAGGUCCUCACAAAAACUUAACUCAUGUAGACUGCUCUCUGUAAGCUGAACCUCAGAUGAAUUCACUGACUCAAAAUAGUGAGAAAAAUAAGAUUAAUAAUGCUGCAUCAGACUUAAGAUCCAUCUAUUCUGUUAUGAUGGCCAUCAAUCCCAGCAUCACCUAGUCUCUUGAAGCACUCGACAGUAGCAUUCCAAAAGAGCACAAAACCAGGUCUGAAUACUCUUUUAGUAUCCACUUAUCUGUGAGCCAGAGUAUUCCUUACACAGCUGUGAUUUUUUUUUCCUAUUUAAUAGCUUUCAGUGUAUUUCUCUUGAUGAAAUACACCAAUCCUUUCAAGAAUUCAUGGAAGUAUGUAAAGACUAUUACCAUCCACAGCAUCGAGUGGUGAAGAGUUAGUAAAUAAAUCUCCUUUCUGGUUUUCAAACCUGGCACCUGCUAGUUUCAUUUGAUGCAAAUAAUAUUUAUAUUGUAAGAUAAAAUGAACCUUUGCUCUUUGCUAUUUUCCCAUAUGGCCUAUGUAGACCUUGCCAUGUUGGUUGUCUCUUUUCUAGAAUAAAGAGAAACUGUGAAUUCAAUUAUUUCUUUCAUGGGAGUAGUCAGUUGCUGUCAUUGCUGUGUAUACCUUUUCAAUUUUACUGUAUCCUUGAGAUGUGGUAUCAAAAGAGUGCGUGUUCUAAAGGUCCUAUGAGCUACUCAGCAGUGUGUUGAUGAGUUUUCUUUAUAAUAAUUAUUUCAGUGUUUGUGGGUUGGUUUCUGGCUAUUAUUUAGCCUUGUACUAACUUUUUCAUAGAAAUAUGAAUUGUAAACCAACUUCACAUCAGUGUCAACUUAAUUCAUCCAAUAAAUCUAUACCACUUGCAGAAUAUUUUAGCUGUAAAGACAUGAUCUUUAAAACAGGUUAUUGAAACCACUGCAAGUCUGGCACUUGCUGUUCCUAUUUUUCUUGGUUUUAUGUCUCUUGAAGAUGUUAAAGGGUAAACUGCUGUAAUGAUUUUCAACAUGAUGCUUUUUAAAUCUCAUUGUUUUUGUGCAUAGAAUACAAGAUAAAAUCUGUAUGGUCAUUUUAUACAGAUGGGCAUCCAGUUAAGGAUUUAUUAGUUCUUGAAGAAGCCACUUUGUAAAUGUGACGAAGAACAAUGUUAUUUUAAAAAGAUUUCCUUGAAGCUACAGUGGCAUAAAAGCAAACUUAAUAAUCAUGAUAAAUCUUGGUGUAUUUUCCUAUUCUCUCAAACUAUGGAAUUGUCUAGUCAGUAAUCACACCUGAAUGUCUUGAGUAAACUUGGAAACUAAGAUAGUUCAUUGUUUCAUAUAUGACUGGUCCAGGAAUUUUUCAGAAAUUUGGUGUCCUUACAGUAUCUUUUACUAGUUCAGUCUCAGCUGAAUUAAGCACAUUAAAUGAAAAUGGUAUGUAAAGGUAAUGUAAAGAAAAUGUAAUUUAUUGCUUAUAAUAUUUUUUGAAAUUGUUUGUUACACAGAAGGUUCAUUAAAAUGUGCAUAAAUAUGAUUUCCAACCUUUUGCAGAUGAAGACAAUGAAGUUCUGAGUUCUCAUAGCAACAUGGAGAAACUGGGAAUAGAAUCCUUGGUCCCCUGACUCCUUCCAGCAUCCCAUCCAUAACUAAAGGUUAGACACCUACCUAGAUUACUGCUUUAUCUUCCCCUAUUCUCACUUUUUACAAUGAAGAAAAUAUUUGGAAAAUGCAAUUAUUUUCAAGAAUGUGAGGAACAUUGACAAAUAGCAUUUAUAAAAAUUAAAUAGCAUAGAGAAGUAAGAUAGUAAAGAAACAAUUGUGAUUUUUUGAUUGUCUUCAGGCUUUAGAACUUUGCUUUUCAAUGCCGAUGUCAUAAAAAGAAGACAAUACACUUAUUUAACUAGUUGUUCGUAUUUAUUCCAUCUCAAGUAUAAAUACACAAGAAUGAAUAAAUAAGGAUAAAAUCAGACUAUUUUGGCUGUCAAUUGGUCAUUGCCAUGUGGUACCAAUACAUACAUUGAGAGCUGCCUUCAUAACUUGCUGCUAUUUAUGGAAUCAUUGCUCAUUCUUUUUUUAAUCACAUGCAGCAGUGAAAUUGAAUAACAGAGGAAUUAGUGACUGGGUAUUACUAUGUAGUCACAGGGUGUCUUCCUUAUAAUAAAGGAAGAGUAGUAUCAUGAUGGAUUCCAUUUACACAAUAUAAAAAUCUGGUAUUUUUAGUAUUAUAAUAAUUUUUUACUACUGAGAAGGAGGAAUUGCAUGUAUGUAUAUUUAAAGAACAUUUACAAUUCAUAUUAGCAACACACCAAUACUAAAAUUGCAGUAGUUUGUUUGAGGCUUGUCUGGACAGUAUUCUACAGUUCAACUAUGUUAUGCCUUCAAAAUAUUGUUCUUGCCAGUAGAAUGCUUUUUCCAAUAUGAUCAUAGAAGAACAAAAAGUGGGACAGGCCUAUCUGAAGUAUUUCCCUCCUCCAUGGCCUAAGAAAUUAAUGGAAAACCAAUAUGUUUUUUAAAAGAGAGCCCAUGUCUGAAAGUGAAUUUCUUACUUAGGCACAUGAAAUGCAAGUGAUGUGGCUGGUGCAGCGGACCUGUCCUUGUAUUAGCUGCAGCUUGGACUAGGUGUUUCACUUACUGUAGUGGCCAGUAGGCAAUGCUUAGUGGAAAGAAUUAAGAAAUAGAUCAAGUAUGAGUUAAUUUUCCCAGUAUGUAUACACAGCGUCAACAAUAAUUCCAGGAAAAUUGUGUGAAAUCAGCCUGAGAUUGUCUGUGACGUGAAAGGGCAGAUUUUGCAGUCAAAGAAUCAGGUACUGCAAAAACAUGAGCAGUAAUUCAGAGAGGCAGAGCAGCAAUAACAGUGAUAUAAAAGCAUAAAACUGCUUAUCCAUUAUAAGGAGCAGUGCAUGAAUUGUGUUCAAUGGCAGAAGGUUUGAAUGAGGAGUUGACUGAAGUUGUUAAUGGGGCCAAAAUCCAAGAAGUGAAGAUCGUGUGGGCUGCAUAAGCUGAGAAUUAUGAAUGUCAGAAAGACAAGCUCCUUAAAUCUGUGUUGAUACCAAAAAUGUUCAGGUUGAGUUUCCUGGAGAUAGAGAAAUAGGAGUAAUUUAUAACAAGAUAGACACCUGGCACCUUUUAAUCCUUGCAAGGAUUUCUGUACAGGAUAUUAAUGUCAGGGAAUAGUCACACUUAUCAUAUGAUUUUUUUGUUUUAAUGCAAAUCCUGAAGCAGUUCUAAGGUUUUUCCUUUUUAUAGCUUCCAGCUAACCAUCCUGAAAUUCCUCCUGCAAACAACUGCAGAAUCAAAUCUAGCACUGAACCAUGUCUAAAAAGGGCCACACUUUUGCUCCAGAGUGUCAGAAGCAAUAAGUUACUUGAGGUGUACAUGGUGCUAUGGAGAAAUAGAAAUCAAUUACUUUUGCCAAUGUGAGUGGGAAAGGACAAAUUGAUAGAACUUGGAAGAUGACACCUUUUCCUUAAGACACUAAUUUUCAACAAAAAUGAGUCAGAUCUCUCCCCUUAUAGCUACAAGAUGAUGGUAAGGUAAAUGAAAAGAAGAACUGUGAAGAAGGAAGGCUGCUUUUCUGUAUAUGCAGAGAACACAGCAAAUGUGCAGCAGAGAAUUCUGUUUCUCCCAUCCAGAGAUGGAAGCUAGUGGAGUUGAAAAAACUUCACAAAAUUAGUAUUGAAAGACUCAAGUAUUUAUAUUAGGCCAUCACUCUCUUUUUGUAUUGAUUUUAACUUGUGUGAUGUAGCUCUCAGGAAAGGAGCAAAUAAUGCUUGUGGUCCAAACAUCUAAUUGAGGCUGUGCUAAAAUGGUUUGGAAAUGUGAAGGCACAUAUGCUGCUUAAGCAUUGUUCAGAUUUUCACCCAUGUUAAUCCACCAAGACUGGAGUUUGCAGCUAUGCCAUGUGAAGAGCUUUCUGGGGAAACAAGAGGAGGCAGUAACUGUGACAUUUAAUGUCAUUAGUGUUGUCACAAUGGAUUAUAAAUUCUGUCCUUUUUUCUCUUGUUAAAUAUGGCCCAGUAGUCUCUGGUUAUUUUUUUGAUGAAUAAAUGUCAUAGAAUGGCAGAAGCAGAGAAUGGGUUAGGUUGGAAGGCACCGCAGCAGAUCACGUCAUCCAAUCUCCCUGCUCAAGCAGGAUCAUCCCAGAGCACAUUGUACAGGAUUCCUCCAGAUGGUGCUUGAAUAUUUCCAGUGAGGGAGACUCCACAACCUCUCUGGGCAAUCUGCUCCACUGUGAGAGUUGCGAUCCAGUGGGAUUUGAGAGAUGGUUCAUGAUGGAUGAGGAUAAGAUGGAUGAGCCUUUCUUCUUCAUAUUGCUGUGAGCACAAGGCAGUUCGGAACACCACUACCCCCAAAAAUGUAGUCUUUUGUGUUGGCACAAGAGUAAAAUCUACAUGGACAAAACAUCUAGAAGAGCUAGAUUUUGGCAGCAAGGGAAGCAUUCUGUUCAUUAGAAAUCUAAGGCUGCUGCCUUUGAGUCAAAUACUUUUUGUGUAAAAGAAGUAAUGUAAAAAUUUGAGGUUGGAUGCAAAAUAUGGAGAGUUAAUUCCAAAAAGUGCACAAGUGCUGGAUUUUAGCUGGCAGCAUAUAAGGGAUGUUUAGAUAAUACCGGUAGAUAGCUUUUUAAACUUUGUAUUGCUGCUAGUUUGCCUCUAUUACUGCAUGUGAAGUUCAGCGCAGACCCAUGUCCAAAAGACAACACUGGAAAUUUUCAAGCACUUUUCAGUUCUAAUGGGCAGUAAAAUAUGUUUAAUGAAAUGGCACGAACACACAACAACCUUUCAGCCUUGUUGCACAGUUUAGUACAUAGUCAACAGAGCAUAAAUGCUACUUCUCAAAGACAAAGAAAUUCAUUAACAUUUUUCCUUCACAUAAGAAGUGAAGUUUGCUUUUAAAGGCAAAAAAUGUACUCUUAUGUCGUGUGAGUACGUGGACAUAACACCAACAUAGUAAUGGAUAUUCUACCAAUAUUAGACAUCAAAAUGUAUCAAAAUAUAUCACUGAAAAAUUACAAGCAAUAUGGCUAAUACUAAUACAGUACUUAGGGCCAAGAUAAUAUAUACAUACAUCCCCAGCUGUAGUAGAAGUCGAAGGACAUUGCUGAGGUGAAUGUCACUGGGUUCUCCUAGCAACCAGCCCGAAAUGCUAGUCAUUUACACUAGACUAGUGACACUCUAAAAAAGCAAGCACUUCCUAAGGAAGGUUCAUGGUACUUUCUUUUAUGAUAACUUUCUGACAUGUAUAGACUAUACCCUUUGACUCUUUGCUCAAGAAGGUGUUUUGCUGCGUGGUGCAGUGUGCCAGGAAGAUUGAACUCCUGGGACUUGCUGCAUUUUACCUUUGCUCAAUAUCUUUGAAGGCUAUGUUAAGGCUUGUAACUGCAUUAGAAAGUAGAUGCUCCGACAGGAUCAUACCAGGAAUCCAAACACAGACAGUGUAACUGCUAUUGCCAUUCUAAUUUACUAAUCUGACCAAAACACACUAUAUUAGUAAGGGGUCUGUUUUUGAAGUGUUUCUGCAUCUGUGUUAGGGUUCUAUGCAUAGCUAUGGAGAAGUUCCUAAGAUUCUCUUCUGCAGAUAAACUGUAAUAACAGUGUGUCUGCUGCUCUGGUAGUGCAGAUUAGCGGCAAGCAGAGCAUCAUUCUCCAGCUAUGACCAGCCACCUCUUCAUCAGCAUUCUGGGGAAAAACUCAAAUUGCCUAUGAAUUUCUUCAUUAGCUUUUUUUGAUGGAAGAAAAUGAAGCACAAAUAUCAUGUUUGUUCAAAAUUAUAGUUGUAAUACAAGGCAUCUGAUAGCAGCCUGAUUGCAAAGAGGGUAAAAACCAGAGGAACAGAAGGUCUUUGACUUUCAUAUCCUCUCUAUUACAUACAUGACCAAACUAAAGAAGUUGUGAAUCUAAAUUUUGGUGACCAGUUGCUGGGGUCGUAUAACUGUCUAAUCUGAAAGACUUUCCAGGAAGGUUGAACACUCACCCUAUACCAUGUUCUCCAUGUACAGUAGUUAAAACACUUCUGUGCAUUUCUCUUUAAAGGAGCAGAUGUCCUGGAAUGUUUUAACUAGUCUUUGGUAAAGUGCAGUGUUAUUGAGUGCAGUACAGAAAGUACCAGUUCUUGCACCAUGCAACUUUGGCAAUUACAGGUCUCUUGUUUUCAAGGUCUGACCUGUCUUGCAUCAGUGUUUCUUUGUUUUAAUGGGUCAGCAGCCAGACUCUGGCAUGUACCAUCACUGGGUAUAGAGCCAGAUUUGAAAAAUGGAAUUUAGAAUCGCAUUCAGCAUGAGUAAUGAAGUUUACAACUAUUUGAGUGCUCUGUGAAGCUCUAGUUCAUGCUGUUAUUUUAAUGCACUAAAAUCUGAGACCACUGUCUGACUGUGUCUAUAAAGUAAAAAUACUACUUUCACCAGGAGAAAAAAGGAGACGACUUUCUGAAAACUAAGGAUAUGUUUCCAAGAGGGCUUAUCUAUCCUUUAAGUAUCUAUAAAUUCAGCUCAAAGUUUAAUUGUUCCACUUCUGGCUGCUGAAGAGUUUUAACAAUUUAGCCUGACAUAGUCCCACAAACAAAUUAAUAUUUCUACUUCAUCAGUGUUAACUUCUUCAUGAGCUUUUGCAACAUCUGGUAAUAUUUUAAUUCUGACACUACUAAAAAUGUGUGCAAUCAAGUAAAGCUUUUUGAACUCUAAGCACUUCUUCAUAGUAAAUAAUCUCUAUUAUUUUUUAAUUGAUUUUUUUCUCCGACAUGAGAAAAUGACUGCAUAUGUCAGUUCUAUUCCACUGUAGUGCUACAGUCUUUUGAAAGGAAGCUGCCGUAGAGUAGAGAAAUGCUGAGUGCUGAGCUGCUAAAGAUAUCAGCACCAAGCUUCAGCUUACCAGUCCUGCAAGAAAAUUAGUCGGCCAUUGCGUUCGACAUCUCUAGUGCUUACUAGCUGUAAGAGGACAUUUUUUAUGUUUUCCUGUGCAUUCUUCUUCCUGUUGCUAAAUAAUUCCACAUUUUUUUCCUGACAGGUGGAUAUUGGAAAUGACACAGGUAAGCAGCUUUUUAGGUUAAAAUUCAAAAAUACGUCUCUAAGUUUUUAAAUAAAUAUAUAAACUAAGUUUGUAAGAACAUGUGGAUGGAUUAUAACCUUUUACAGCAACUACUGAUAUUUAUUACCUUCCAACAAUUUUAACUAAUCUAUAUAAACAUUUUUAUUACAGAAGAAACAUUUCAAAAAACCCAUCUUUAUUAUUUGUCAGCAUAAAUGGAGUUUAUGUUAGGCAAGUAAACUGUGCCUUGUGUUGAAAACUUACUUAGUUCUUGUAUUUCAUGACAAAGAACUAGAUUCUUUACUAAUAGCAGUUAAUAAUUGCUUUAUGAAAUCAGUUUUCUUCUGUAACUACUUUUGAUUUUAAUUAAUGUUGUACCAUUCUAGCUGCCUCCUGUGAGAUAUUAGGCCUUGUGUAUAAAUGUACUGAUCUGCAUAUAAUCUUAAGUAAUAAUCUGGCAAGCAAGCAAUAACAAAAAGGCUGAGUAAACAGUAACUAUCAAAAGUAUGUAGCCGUUUAUGCAUAUCAAAAUCCUUAGUUUUUUAUUACUGCUAGUGUUCUGCCAAACUUGGGAAAUUAACAUCUAGGAGUCUGCUGUAUUCUGUAUUCUUCAAGAAACAUGUUUUUUGUGCAUUUUCUUAUAUAGUUUCAUUGUAUUAGAAAGAAAUUACAUGUAAGUCUUUAAAUUUACAAAGUUCUUUUGCACUCUCUCACAUGACUGCCACAAGGAAAUUAAAGAUGAUGUUAUUAUAUCCAUUGCAGUAUGAAAUAAUAUGGACUCCAAGUUGCCUAGAUUGAUUAUGUUUUAUAAGGAAUUAAUUCAUUACAGGUACAUAAACAAGUGAUGUGAGGUUAAAGUGUAUUGUAAAACAUAGUCACUUUUUGGAAGUAGAUUUUAAAACUGCUGGUGAGGAAAACAGUUUGUAAGAGGACAUGUAGUCAAAUGGUUUGGUUCGUUUUGUGACAGAUUCUUUUACAUUACAUUCUAAGGAGUAGUUGUUUGAAGUUUUUUGGUUUUGUUUUUUGGUGGGUUUUUUGUGUGUGUGUCUGUUGUUGUUUUGUUUUUUUGGGGCUUUUUGUUAUUUUUUUAAAGAAAGGGAAAGAUGAAGACAAAGGUGCUGUCACUUUUUACUCUGAUUGAUACUGAAUAGUAUGUCACUACAGAUCUAUGUAGAUGUGUGAAGGAUUCAAGAUGACCAGACCAUAAUGUAUUAAUCUGAUUGCAAGAAGUGAAAAGCUUUAAACAAAAGCACAUUCAGAUUUAUUAAGGCAUUUCAAGGACCAGUUGUGUAAAUUAGGCAGGAAUAGUUUUCAGCAACUGCUAAUGAAGACAUGUUUUUUUCUUUUAUAUGAUUGUAGCUUUAAGGAAGUUAAGCAUAUACAGGAAAUAAAGAGUGAGCAUGAGUAAAUGGAAUCAGUAUGUUUAUGGUUUCAAAUUUCAAGUUGUCAUGGUGAAUAAGGCGGUGGUGACUGAUCUACAGCAAUUUUGUCAUAAGCUGGUGGAGCAUCAGGUACCUAUGGUAAGGAAAAUGGGUGUGAAAGAUCAAAAAAAAAUCACAAUUGAAUUACAAGGAAAAUGACAAGAAAAUGACAUUAAACACACAGCAAGCUAUUUACCACCAUAUUUGAUACAGUUCUAUGACUUCAAGAAGCCAAGCUCAUUCAUUGAGUCUAUUUUUUAACGUUACUUUUUGGUAGUAUGUUUUCUGGUUUUGCAUCAGAUUCACUUUAUUGCCAUUGCUCAUCCAAAGAGAGAAUUUUCGAUGUUAAAAAGGCAGGAAUAAUUUUUUUUAUAUAUGGGAUGGUUUUAUAUUGAUAAUUCAGACAAAUAUUGAAGGUUUUAAGAGUCUUGAUGCAGACAUAUUGUUGUAUUUCUAGUGGUAAAAAUUUGAACAGCUUAUUUUAAAUGUUUGAGAUUAGCCUCUUCUCAAUUCUAAAGCAAUUUAAACACACCCAUUUAUAUAUACUUAUCACUUAAUUUGCCUUUUUGAAAAUUGAAAGUUUAAAUAUAACCAUCUUUUUGUAAUGAUUAGAAGAGCUAACACAUUGAAGUUUUAUAGUAUUCUCUGAUAAUGCUUAUCAGAGUAUAGUGUGUACAGACACAAUUUAUUUGUUGUUUGUCUGAAUGGCAGAAAAUCAGUUAGGGACAUGUUUGGGGUUUUGGGGUAUAUUUCAGCAUUCAGGUGUUGCAUCAUUCUAAUAGAUUGCGAAAUGAUCAUACAACUUAAGAAUAAAUAUAAAUUGAAGAAAAUAACUUUAAA